CAGCAACGCUAAAGCUCUGAAACAAUCAUUUCAUCAAAAACCUCAGCUAGGUUUUCACUUGUAACUCUCUCCCUCUCUCUCUCUCUCCCACAAUGACGAAGUUCAGGAAGCUUAAUCGCCCCACGGGUCACAGAAUGUCCAUGCUUAGAACAAUGGUCUCGCAGUUGGUGAAGCACGAGCGGAUUGAGACUACUGUUGCUAAGGCCAAAGAAAUCCGGAGGUUGGCUGAUAACAUGGUACAGAUGGGGAAAGAGGGUUCUCUUUGUGCUGCAAGACGUGCUGCCGCAUUUGUUCGGGGUGAUGACGUCCUUCACAAGCUAUUCACAGAACUGGCUUACCGAUACAAAGAUAGAGCGGGUGGAUACACGAGAUUGCUUAGAACUCGCAUACGAGUUGGUGAUGCUGCACCAAUGGCCUAUAUUGAGUUUAUCGAUAGGGAGAAUGAGCUGAGACGGUCAAAACCACCAACCCCUCAACCGCUUCAGAGGGCACCAUUGGAUCCUCGGACAAAAUCCCGACUCAUGAAGCAAUUUCCACCCCCUAAAGAAGAAAAAAGCUCAGAGUUUGAGAUUUGAAAAUGGUCAUUGUACUGUACUGCUACAAUUUUGUAUCCUCUCUCAUAAACUGGCAUGCAAUAUCUUCAAUAUUCUUCAAAUGCAGAAAUACUCAAGUUUUUAUUCAAGUAUAACAAGAAUUUGUUCAUAUUAUUGUCAAAGUCAUUUGUAAACAGCAUUUGUUAUUUGUGCUUAUUCCUGCAAGGAAAAUUUAUUGAUCUA